CAAUGGUUAGAAAACGUAAAAUUCCCGCAAGAAAACAUCACGGUAUACGUGAUCCUCUUCGUCAAUUGGAAGAGAAGGAAAAGAAGCUAAAGAAUGUUGUCAAUGCCCCACCCAGCAAGGACAAUGAUCAACCGCUAUCCUAUAAAUUGAAGCAAUUGAAAAAGCUCACUGAAGAUGCCAAAUCGGGUAAGAAAAUAAAGCGUAUACACAGCGGUAUUGAAGAUAAACCCAAAGAAGACAAACACCACAAUCGUAAGAAUUCCAAAGCCUCGACUGGUGCUGCUGGUGAUGGCAAUAAAUUCAAAACAAUCAAACAAUUACCUGGCGAAGAUGAUGUUGAGUAUUUGAAACGCGUCAAUCGCAUUACUUCGGCCAGUUUGAAGGAGGCACAAUAUGAGGCGAAAUAUGGUGUUAAGGUGGUACGUGAUCCCAAAACCGGAGCAAUCUCUAUAAAAAAGAAACCACCAAAUGAAAUUGAUGAGUUGCUUAAGCAAAAACGUAAAGGCGGUAAGGCUGGUGGCAAAAAGAAACCCGAAAAGGACGUUAAACCAAUUGAUCCGAAAUUGGCUAAACAAUUAAUUAAACAAGCCAUACAAGAGGAUGAAGAGGAACGGAAACAGGAAACAUCGAAAGAGACACGGGAAUAUCAAAGAGAUGUUAUUAAGUUUGGUGAAAUUGUACAUGCACCGCCGACAGCCUUAACAUUGCCACGAAAGGCCGAGAAAAGUGAAACAGUACCAAGGCCCGGCAAGAAAAACAAUUUAUUGCUUAAAUCAUUAUUGGAUGAGACAAGCACCAAAUCGAAUGGCCAAACUACCACCAGCACUACCAAAAUUACAAAAUCCACGGGCCGAGUUACAAAGGAACAGAUGCGAGGCAAACGUAAAGAUUUACCCGAACAUACACGAAACAUGUUGGAGAAAGAACGUGAAAAACUUGUUGAACUUUAUAGAAAUCUUAAAAAAUCCAAGGGUAUAAUGUCGGACAAAAGUUAAUUGUUGUA